AUGGCCUCUUACGGCUAUACACGUGUCCACGACGAAGACGGCGAUGGAGCCCCGGAAAUACCGCGAAUGCGACCAUAUUUCGGAAUCACUGGCGACCGCCUCAGUGGAUGGGUCACUGUCGCAUGUACUACAGCAAUGAUUCUCUUUGGAUACGACCAGGGCGUGUUUGGCGGGAUUAUAAUCACUCCCGACUUCCUCGAAACGAUGGGCAACCCGAAUCCGAGCUUGCAAGGUGCAAUUGUCGCGUUAUACGACAUUGGCUGUCUCUUUGGCGCGUUGGCUGCAAUGGUCAUCGGCGAACGACUUGGGCGGAAGAAGACAUUUCUCGUUGGAGUAGUCGUCAUGUCGCUUGGAGCACUUAUGCAGACGAGUGCAUAUACGGUAGGGCAGAUGAUAGUUGCCCGAAUAAUCACUGGACUGGGAAACGGGCAAAAUCAAUACUGCAACGGCGCCAGUUUGGCAGAGCGAAACAUGCAAGCCGUCAUGGCGAGGGAAGCUCGUUGUCUUCGAGAUGAUGUAUGUUCUUCCUCUAUAAAUCUCCAUUCUAAUUCCUACCUUCUGCGUAGCAUGAAUAUCGCUGGCUUUGCGCUGAGCAAUUGGAUGACUUAUGGCUUCAGUUUCACCGAAGGAAGUGCGUCAUGGCGCUUUCCUAUUGCAUUCCAACUCUUCUUUUCGGUUGUUCUCUUUGCCACGAUCCCAUGGCUCCCGGAAAGUCCACGAUGGUUGCUGAUGCACGGAUUCGAGACAGAGGGUGUUGCUGUCCUUGCCGCUUUGCACGGCGAGGAUGCUACUCCAGAGGACGAGGCGGUUAUUGACCAGAAGAUGGAGAUUCUCGAAGCCGUCAGAAUGGAGAACGACGCUUCCCCAAGUUGGUCAGAUAUUCUCCAUCUUCGGACUGGCGAGACGGGCAUGGUGCAGCGACUCCUCCUUGGGGCCGGAGCCCAGUUAAUGCAGCAAGGUGUUGGAAUCAAUGUCACGAGCUAUUACCUUCCCCUUGUGCUGCAGAACUCUGUUGGACUAUCGAACAACCUGUCGCGUCUGCUGGCGGCCUGCAACUCCAUCUCAUACCUCCUAUUCGCAUUCUUUGGUCUUGUACUUAUCGAGCGGGCGGGCAGGCGGAAGAUGAUGAUUUGGGGGGCGAUGGGCCAGGCCGUGUGCUACGCAUUCAUCUCGUAUUGUCUCGCACACGCGGAGGACAAGCGAUAUGGGAUCGCAUCGACCUUUUUCUUCUUUUCAUACUACCUUUUCUUUGGCAUUUGUUGGCAAGGCGUUCCUUGGCUUUACCCAGUCGAGAUCAACUCCCUCGCUAUGCGCACGAAAGGCGCCGCACUCGCGACCGCCGCCAACUGGCUGAGCAACUACGUUGUUGUCGAAAUUACUCCGCCAGGCAUCGCGAGUAUGGGCUGGCGGUUCUACCUGAUAUGGAUGUUCUUCAACGUGCUCUUUGUUCCCGUCGUGUGGCUGUUCUACCCCGAGACGGCAAACAGACACUUGGAGGACAUAGACUACCUGUACCGCGAGAACCCGCGCAUGGUGGUGGUGGUGCGCAACAAAGAAGCAAUACAGCUAGAGAGGCCGCAACGGUUUAUUGAGGCAGAACUCAGACGCGCGGCGAGAGAUGGGCAUGUCGUCGUUCAGGGAGUCACAGAUGUAGAGCUUCGCAAACGGACGUGA